AGGAGUCCUUUGCAGGGAUAAAUAAGCAUUAGCACCCAUGAAAAUCCCACACUCCGGCAGGCAGCGGCUUUGGAAUCUUCUAACUACAUCCAGCCCCGGGAGCAGAGUUGAGAGCAGAGCGAUGCCACCCCUCCUGGUUCUGGGGUUCUUGGUGGCAGCGCUCUGCGCCACUGCCCACAGCCUCCCGGGGAGCGCGCUCCACCAGGAGAAUGUGACCCAGGAGGACCAACUCAACAGGACGGCUGUGGACAACCUCAGAUUAGCCUCUAGCAACACGGACUUUGCCUUCAGCCUCUAUAAGCAGUUGGCUUCGAGGAACCCCAAUAAGAAUAUCGUCUUCUCCCCACUGAGCAUCUCCAUGGCCUUGGCCUUCCUGUCCCUGGGGGCCUGCGGCACCACCCUGACGGAGAUCCUUGAAGGCCUCAAGUUCAACCUCACGGAGACCCCCGAGACAGAAAUCCACCAGGGCUUGCAGCACAUCCUGCGUUCCCUCAGCCAACCCAGCAGCCUGCUGAAGCUGAGCAUGGGCAACGCCAUGUUCGUCAGCGAGCAGCUGGAGCUGCUGGACAAGUUCAGGGAAGAUGCCAAGGCCCUGUACGCCUCUGAGGCUUUUACCACCAACUUCCGGGAGUCCUCUGCUGCCGAGAAGCUCAUCAAUGACUACGUGAAGGAGAAAACUCAGGGUAACAUUGCAGAUUUGGUCACAGAUCUUGACCCAAACACAGCGAUGAUCCUAGUGAAUUACAUCUUCUUUAAAGCCAAGUGGAAGACGCCCUUUGACCCCGACGACACUUUCGAGUCAAGGUUCUACUUGAGUAAGAGAAAGUCCGUGACGGUCCCCAUGAUGAGCAUUGAGGACCAGCUCAUGCCUUACUUCAGGGAUGAGGAGCUCUCCUGCACUGUGGUGGAGCUCAAGUACAUCAGCAACGACAGCGCCCUGUUCAUCCUCCCAGACAAGGGCAAAAUGGAGGCGCUGGAAGCCAUGUUGCGCCCUGAGACACUGAAGAGGUGGAGAGAUUCCCUGCAGAUGAGAUGGAUCCAUGAAUUCUACCUGCCAAAGUUUUCCAUCUCCAGCAGCUAUAAUCUGGAACACAUACUCCCCCAACUGGGCAUGAGUCAAGUGUUCACCAAACAGGCUGACCUGUCAGGAGUCACAGGGGCCAAGAACCUGGCGGUUACUCAGGUGGUCCACAAGGCCCUGAUGGAAGUGGCCGAGAAGGGCACAGAAGCAGCUGCUGCCACGGGAGUCAAAAUGAUCUUCUUGUCUGGAAAAGUGGGCCCGAUGACCAUUGUGAAUUUCAACAGGCCCUUUCUGUUAUCCAUACUCUCCAAAAACACCCAGAGCAUCAUGUUUUUUGCCAAAGUUGCCAACCCCAAACAAGCCUAGAGCUCCCCUCUGAGCAGUGGGACCCCUCGCUAAGGGUGACCAGGUCUCUGGGUGCACAGAGGAGCUGGUCUCUGUGCACAGAGGAGCUGGCAUGUCUGGCCCUGUCUGCUCAUUCUUGGGCAAGUGACAGCAACUUUGCCUGGUGGCUCCCACAUGCACAGGAAGCCUGUCGACUGUUCAACCGGAGGCCCUGAGGCCUCCCAACACAAAUAACCCAUCUUUUUUGGACAGGGCAUUUUCCUUGUGCCUUUCCACCCUGAUCUGCCUGACUCCAUGCUCUGUAGCCGCUUGUGCCCAAGGCCACAGCCCCCGACCUCCUACAUGGGCUCAGCCCCACCCCAGGCUCUGGGCCCCUCUGCCUUCAACUUCAGUAGCUUGGUCAGGACCAAGCCCACCUAGACCUCAUGCCCAGGACUGGGAGGGGAACCUGCUGCCCGAUUCUUACUUCUGUGGGCUCCCUGGUCCUCAGUUCCAGUGUCACUCUUUCCCCUCCCCAGGGUCUGCCCAUGUACUGACCCUUGCAGGGGCUCCUGACCCUGACCACUUCUGGCAUAGCCCCUGGACCCCUCCUGCCUCUGAGUUGGGCCUUCCCCCUUCUAGGAGACCCUUGUUCAGACCCCCAGCACUUCCAGUUUGGGGAGAGUAGCUACUUUCCAGGUCCCCAAUUCUGACAGAUGGUCCCCUCAACAACCAGAAUGGGGGGCUGGGAGAAAACGAGCAAUAGACACACAGCGACAAUAAAAGUGGUCAUUUCGUCAUUCAUUCCA